CCAAUCGGCACCCUCCUGUCAGUUAAGCUUUGACCGCGUCGGAGUAAGGAUGUGUCGCUCCGUAUAAAAAUAUUAUAUACGCGUGCUUGCUAAACUUAUUUACAGAAAACAAAUACAUUUGGGAGUUGAAUUGUAAUAGAAUAAAAUCGUGUUAUUCGUUUUCGAUGUGAAUUAUAGCUGUGAUAUUAGUGUAAAAACGCUAACUAGUGACAUAUUUAAGUGUAAAAAUAAAAGUAAUUAUCAACUGGUGAUGACUAUGAGAUGCAUGAUGUUAAGUGACUCUGGAUUGGUUUGAAAAGUGUUGACUGUGUAUUCGGUAUAGUGGAGUUAGUUGUAAUUGACAGAAAUGGCGGGGGUUAAUUUUAGCGUGUGUUUGGUGCUUGUUUUGUACCAGCUCUCAGCUGCUUUUAGCGAUGACUCGUCUUCAGAAACAUCAGAUCUUGGAUUGACUGAUCCCAACCCCGAGGGUGAUGCAGAAGGAGUGAGAUGCUACUGCAACACAGCGCAGUGCGUCAGUACAGGGUAUAUGUGCCGGUCGAAGAAAGGAGGCGGUUGUUACAGUGAAGUUCCUCCCAGAAGACACCACGCGAGGCACGGCUGCUUGCAUCAUUUAGCUGAAAAGCAAGAAGAAGCUCUGUCUCACUGCCAGAACACGCCCUCGCCUGGCGGUCCUCCUCCCCGACACUACUCUCUACUGCUGUGUUGCUUCAAGGACCUCUGCAACCACGAAGACAGCCCGCUGGCUAGGACGAGGAAUCUCACUGCCAAUGACUUAGAAAACAGCGUCGCAAGUGAACGCGGGGCGUCAUACAACGGGGAGGUGUGGUUCAAGGCGGCCACGAUAGCGGUGCCCGUCUGCGGCGCGCUCAUACUGUUCCUGUUGGUUGCUGUUGCGGUCAGGCUGCUGCGCGCCGACGCGCUGCUGCAAGCCGACAGGAAACUGAGGGGCGGUUACAUGAUGCCGCCACAGCACAGCACAGACGACGUCAAGAAAGUAUGGGUGGGCAACUCUUCAGCCCCUCUCCUGAUGACGUCAGGCGGCUGCCUCGUCGCCGUCGAGCGGGCACAGCUAGUCGACGUACCCCCCUGCCAACAGCUCUGUGAUAUCCAGCGAUAGGCUGCCGAGCAACGAGCGAGCAAUCUCUGUCGCCCGCUGUACCGUGCCAUGACGGCGUGUAGUGUAGGAGAUAGUGGUAGUAAUGUGACGCACGCUUUGAACAUGACAUUACUUGCGUCAUUUUGAAACAUAUCAAUGCUCUGGCGACUUCUACCUAACACAAAUCUUUGAUAGCCUGAAUUGCAAUUCGCGGGCUCGUUCUUUAAGGUUUUGACAUUUAGCAACUCUAAGGGGUGCCGAAGUUUGACAGCUUGGCAUGUGAUGAUCGCAGUCACUUGCAAAUGGCUAACAGUUUUUUCAUUAUUCUAGCUGUUAAAUUGCUAUUACCUAUAGCAAUGUGAUGCUCAUAGUUUCCAGAUUAGUCCCCUAAGAUACUUGGUCGCCAUUUUUCAUAGCAUAUAAAACUGUCAUGUUAACAACGGCGAUCGCAAGUCAACAUGUCAGUUCUGUUAAGAGAUGACCGGUCGUUGGCGUGAGAAUCGCUAAAUGACAAAAAAAACCGGCCAAGUGCGAGUCAGACUCGCGCACAGAGGGUUCCAUACUCGGAUAUUUUUUCCGACAUUUUGUACGAUAAAUCAAAAACUAAAAAAAAAACUGUGUUAGAAUGUAUGGUAGAGCCCUUUGCUAUGAUACCCCACUUGGUAUAGUUAUCUUACUUUGAAAAUUGAAACAGGUUUUUUUUUCUGUGAUGUAACCUCAAAUUCACGGUUUUCAGAUUCCUCCCCUUACUUGUGCUAUAAGACCUUAAACCCACCUGCCAAAUUUCAUGGUUCUAGGUCAACGGGAAGUACCCUAUAGGUUUUCUUGAAAGACACGACGGACAGACAUUUUUUCAUUGCGAUUAUCACAAACUGCACUAAUUAAUGUCAUAUUUUUGACAAUUGGGCGCUAGAGAGCAUGUCAUAUAAUAUAGGAUAAAUAAGUCAUUAUUUCGAAUUACUUUUGGUACCUAGAUCUUAAUUUGUUAAAAAUGUGCUUGUAUUUUUUGAACGAUGUUGAUAAAAUUAAUCAAUUCUUUUAUCAGUUUGGUCACGGUUGACCUACGGAUUAUGUCAAUUUUAUCGGUUAAUUAUUAUUCGAGGGCGAUAUCAA